AUGUGUCUGUGUUUAUUCUAUAUAAUAUUUUCAUCAUUAAAAUCUGUUUAUAAUAAUAUCAAUCCGUCAACUUUAACUGGUGCUAUUGAUAUUAUUGUUGUUAAACAAGAAGAUGGCACAUUUCGUUGUACACCAUUUCAUGUUCGAUUUGGAAAAUUAGGCGUUUUACAAAGUUUACAAAAAAAGGUAUAUGUAGCGAUCAAUGGUGAAACUGUUGAUCUUUGGAUGCAAUUGGGCGAGGCUGGUGAAGCGGUAUUCAUUGAUGAAACAAUUAAUGCAGACGAUAAGACUCAACUGCCGAUCGAUGAUAUUGAACGUCAUUUAGAACCGUCAAAUGUCAAUACAUUUCUUGAUCCUGAUAAUGCAUUAGAUAACGCUUUAGCUGCAGCCGAUAAUGAACAUCAUACUCAUUUGACAAAUAUCGAUCGUUCUCCACAAUUUGUGAAUAAAAAUUUAGAUAUAGAGAAAGCGUUAAACGAUCCAAAUAUAUUAACAACUCCCACGUAUGCUUAUGAACAAGCAGAAAAAGAACAAAGUGUUGAUGUUUUCAAUUCAACAGUAAAAAAUAACACCAAUAGUCAAAAUCCAAAUCAACCAACUCGUUCAAUAUCAUUUUCCAUGGAUCCAGCCACUAAUGAGAUUGCAGGAAUUACAACUGGAAAAACUGAUCUAUUAAAAAAUAAUACAACAACAACAGCUACUCCUCCACAACAAUCAACACCACCAGUAAAACAACGUCGUCGUAGACGAGUGAAACGAAAUAAUAUGGCAUCAUCAACAGCAAUACCAACAUCAAAAUUAACUGAUUGUUCUAGGUAUGCCAAAUUGCCUACAAAAGUUUCAGAAACGUUUGAGACAUAUACUACCAGUAAAAAGAACAUAACUUAUAGAAUUGAACGUCAUCAAAAAGAAUCGAUCUCAUGGAAAGGUCGGGAAUAUGGUUGUUCUGGUCGUCUUAACACUAAAGAUCAUAUAAAACCAGAUUUGAGAACUUCACAUUUGCCCGAUCCAGAUCCAGAAAAACUUGCUGUUGAAAAAGUUGUUGAUAUGAAAAAAAGAUGUGAGCAUCAACUUCCAUACGCUGCUUUUCAAGCAUCUAGUCAAGUUAUCACUGAUCCACAAAUAGCAGCCGCAAUACUCAGUUUUGAAAGUCUUAGUGAUGGUAGCGAUGAUGAUGAAUUUGAUCGACAAAUUAAAAAUGAAACUGCCGAAUGUAAAAUUGAUUUAGAAACAACAACUGCUGAUCUCUUCAAUUUAUUUCAACGUGCUGGAAAAUUUUUAUUUGCAAAUCAAAAACGUUUUUUACCACCAACGCAUAGAAAAAAAUCAUCGAAAACAACAACACUACGAAAAAAAAAAUUAUCUAUAAAUAAAAAAAGUCAGUAUUCUGAUAAUAAUACUGACUUAAGUUCCGGUGGUGGUUAUUAUAGCGAUGAAUUUAUUAGUGAUUUACAUACACCACACUUAGCAAAUGUUCAUCAUGUGAAACAUUUCAUACGAAAAAGUUCAAGUGAAAAUGACUUAAAUAUUUUACAAAGUCAUGAUUUACUUGAAUUUUUACAAAAAAAUCAACAACAACAAUCGCAACAAGAUUUGAAACCGUCGACAGAAGAUGUUGAACAGCAACAACCGACAUCAACAAUACCUGUCGAACCUUUAGAUGUUGAAAAUGAUCUAACACCAACUAACGUUAAAAGAAAUAGCUCGUUCCAAGAUGAAGAUAAUAUAUCGUUACAAUAUGUUGAUGCUUUGAGUGCAGUGAGUAGAUUAAAUAGUAUUGAUUCCAGAAAAAUAUUAUUUCAAACAGUAGCAAACAUAGAAACCACAACAGAUUCAAAUGAUUAUAAACAACAACAAGAACAUCAAACAGAAUCUGAACAAAUAGACGACGAUGAUGUUGAUUUAAAUAUUGCAGAUAUGAAAACGAGUCGAACAGCAUCUAAUCCAAUAGCCAUCAAUUUUCCAUCAUUACAACAGAAUGAAGGAUCACAAUCACCCAUACAAAAUCAUUCAACACCAAAACUUACGAAUAAUUCAUCAAUGUCUAUCAUAGAUACUUUACUGUCAAAAUCGGCACCUACUGAUAAUUCAGAGUACAUUUCAUCAUCGCCAAUAAAUAUAAAUACGAAUAGUAUAAGAUUAGAUCAAUCAAGGCAAUCAUAUUAUAUUAAUGGAGAUUUUUCGCCAAGAUAUGACAGUCCAUUAUCUCCUCGUCCAACGAGUCCAAAAUCUGAUACUGAAUAUGAAUUAGAAAAAUCAGUGAAUAAAGUUGAUUCAUCUGAAUCAGAAUGGCAAUGGAAAUGGGGUGAAUUACCUGAGAGACCAAAAGAUAUAAGAACACAACCUCAAGUACAAGAUGGAAAACGACGUGGUGUUUUAUCUUGGUUUGGUUCAUCAAAAAAAUCACCAGGAGAUAUGUACUUAGAUGAUAUAAGAAGUAAUCGAUGUGAUCCAUCACUCUAUUUACCAAAAUUAGAGCAAAAUCGUCGUCCAGAAGAUGAUCAGGACUCUGGCAAAGGUUAUUCUAUGCCACAAUCACCUUUUCGUGAACACGAAACAUCGUGUAUGUUGGGCGAUGUUCAAUUAUCGUUGUGUGGAAAUAUAAGUAAACAAUUAACAAUAAAUGAUGAUUUAUUUAACAAACAUUUUAUCAGCUAUGAACAAUUUAUAACUAACACAAAUGUGAUUAAUGAUCCAAAUUUAGUUGUGAGAAUGAAUGGAAAGUAUUAUAAUUGGGCGGUUGCAUCUCGUAUAAUGGCCGCUGCAAGUAUUUAUCAUCAGAAAUUACCACAAGAAACCAUUGAUACACUACAAGAAAAACAUAUGACUCAAGAACCAACAAAACCGAUAUAUACAAGUGAACGAAGAGGAUGGUGGUCGUGGGGCAAAAAAGCUGAAACACCAGUUGAUAGUUCAACAAAAACAAUAACGGGUAAUACAACACAAAGGAAUAAAAACGACCAGCUUACAUCGUCAACGGACAUGGAGCCAUGUCUUAAGAGUAAUCAGUCAUUUGAUGGGACAAAUAAAAUGAGAAGUAUAUCAAAAGCUGAUGAUAGUGAAUUGGAAGAUAAUGAAGUGACAAAGAUUACAGCUGAUAUUGAAGAGAAAGCAGCGGCAAAUCGUCAACAGGUACAAGAUCAAGAACAACAACCACAACAUGCAAUACCAAAAUUAGGCCACCAACAAUCGACUGGACGUAAAAAAAUGAUAUUAUCAUCCGAUCAAUUAAAAAAGUUAAACUUAAAAUUGGGAAUGAAUAAAAUACAAUUUUCUGUUACAACAGCUUUGCAAGGUACAACGGUUGUCGAAUCAUAUAUAUUUUUGUUCGAUUAUUUAACAAAAUUUGUCAUAUCCGAUAUCGACGGAACAAUAACAAGAUCCGAUGCUCUUGGACAAAUUCUUCCAUUAGUUGGUAAAGAUUGGUCACAUGAUGGUAUUGCUGAAUUUUUCAAUGCAAUACAAGAGAAUGGUUAUCAAUUCGUUUACUUAUCAGCUCGAGCUAUUGGUCAAUCACGUAUUACACGUGACUUUUUAAGAAAUAUUAAACAGUGUGGUUGUUCAUUACCACCUGGUCCAUUACUUAUUUCACCAGAUUCUUUAAUGACAGCUCUGUACAGAGAAGUUAUUGCAAAAAAACCAGAAGAAUUCAAAAUAGAAUGUUUGAAAAAUAUAGCUAGUCUGUUUCCCGAUAAGAAUCCAUUUUAUGCCGGCUUUGGAAAUCGUAUUAACGAUCAAUGGGCUUAUACUGCCGUUGGAAUACCUUUAACGCGUAUAUUUACAAUUAAUCCUCGUGGAGAAGUUGUCCGACAAAAACUUCAGGCUCUGCAAUCAUCUUAUCGUAAUUUACACGAAGUUGUCGAUCUUAUAUUUCCUCCUAUGGAUCAUGCAUGCAGUGAAACGUAUAGUGCAUUUACAUAUUGGCGUUCGGAUCCAAUUCAUUCUGAUACGUUAGUUCAACAAAAAUUAGAAAAUGAAAUGAGAGAGAGUCUUGAAGAAUCAGCACAGCAACAAUUAUUAUUAAAAUCUAAAGAUAAAGCACAAGUUGGAAAAAAUAAAAGUAAGACACAAAUACCAUCAUCGACCACCGCUACAAAAAAAGAACAAGUAGCACCAACAACACAAACGGCAGCUGGUGCACCGGCUCCAACCACAACUCCAUUGGCAAUAACAAAAACAAAAAAUAAUGAAAAACUCGUCAUUGCUCCAGGUGCAACAACAUCACCAAAUUAA